CGGAAGCACUACAUUGACUGUUGGUGGCAUUGUGGGUAGGCGGAAAAAGGCUCCAAAAGGUGCACUAAAGCGACAAACGCACGUUGCAGAGUUGCCCCAGAAGAAACUCUUGUAAAAGAUAAAACUGCGUUUUUUUGACAAAGUCAAGGUAAGCGUCUUUAGAUAUAAGAUUAAGUCACGUUAUUGUGUAGUUUACCCUACGGUAGACUUUUUGUUUGUUUAAUAAAGAAGCCCAUUCAUUCAGUCGGCCAUUAUGGCUCCGUCGGCUCUUCAUGGAAGUUUGUGUCUUUAGUCUAAAAUCUAAAGCGAAUAUCUAAAUUGGGAGCUGAAACGUACCAAAAACAAAUUUUGUCCUUUUUUAUCUUCAGAUAAGUAAAUGGUACGAGGUAAUUGAGUUAGUUAAAGCCUUUCAUUGUUUGUUCUUAAGGAAAAAGACUAUGAGCUAUUAGUAGCAAUUGCAGCUCAUGUCGGCCACCGAUCGGGUAAAUGUGACUGUUUUUACAAAGUUAUUUGUUAUCUAUUAAGAUGAAAUGACAGAAUUACCUUUAUGAAUCCAAAAAUAACUAUUCACCAACUCUAUGUGAAGUUUAAAGCAACAUUAUUUUCGUCUCAGGACCAGAAACGUGCUAGCUCGACUAGCUUUACACUCAAACAGAUUUUCAUUCACAGAACAAAACAAUAUUGGAGAUAAAAUUAAAGCUUUUACCUCAAACGAAGAGCGACAUUGUGUAGAAUAUUUCAGGACAAUGGUAGACUAUUAUUAACGUGACCUUAUUAUACUCCAGAGUGACACAUUUCCUGAUCAGUUUGUUUUUAUUUUUCAGAAAGCUUUUGGAAAAUGUCUAUCGGCGUCCCAAUCAAGGUCCUGCAUGAAGCAGAGGGACACAUCGUGACCUGUGAGACCAACACUGGCGAGGUGUACAGGGGCAAGCUGAUCGAGGCCGAGGAUAACAUGAACUGCCAGGUUGGUCUCUGAAACCAGGAUUCAUGAAUACAUGUAAUCUCUCUAUGAUUAAACUACAGUGUCUUUUAGCAACAGUCUUUAAGUUAAUAAAGUGUUGGCAUCGUCAGGGGUGCGAGUGUGUCCCCCAGAAGUUUGUAGUUCCAGACAUUUUAUUCCUGCAUUGGUUUUACUUUAUAAUGGUUUUUGCUCAUCAUAGUGACAAAAGAUAUAAAGUCUGUCUGUACAGUUCACAACAGGUCCGAUUUAGAAAGGGGAGCUGCUGACUCACUAUGAGCAGCACACACAGAAACAAUGUUUUACGAUUGGACUGUAAAGUACACAUUUUUUCUGAAUUACAACCUGCCCUUCUGUUUCUCUCUAGUGUAUAUUUUCCUCCUCUUACAAUCCUCAUUAGUAGUACAAUUUAUUAAAUAAGGAAAACCACAUCGCCCUUAGCAAAAAGUUUCACUCUGCCAUAACAGAACAGGUGAGUUGUGUAUAGGAAGCCUGAGACUUGGUUUUGAUGACAGUGCAAAACAACACCCCCUACAACUUAAACAAAGAAACAUCAUUAAAGGAAUCAUGCUGCAGUCUGCACUCAAGGAAAGACGUGAUGGUGGUCUCUUCUAGAGGGUACAGACACUACUUGUGCACUCAUGCUUAGAGGCACAGGGUCAAGGCUGGUCACACACUCUAUUAUCAAUUCUGAGUGGUGAUUGUAUUCACGUGUAAAAAUGCAAAGAAUCUUCUGUAUAAUAUUCUUGGGUACUUUGGUACUAUCUGUGUGUGGAAAACUCUAAACUAGGCUAUAGUCAACCGUCUUAUCUGCCAGCUAGUUUAGAUUUUUAGAUUCACCUAUUUGAUGUCCCGUCUAAUCGAACAUAAUGAUUAUACUCACCCAACAGAUCCUUACUUGAUUAUGCUCGUCAGUUACUUCAGGCAUAGCUGUUAAUCAUUCCCUGUGUAGACUGAAGAAUCAAAAGCAGAGCUGGACGUCUCAACAACUGUCACAUAAACUGGAAUGUUCUUGUGUUUUAAGCUAAGCCGCAGUUGGCAUAUUAGGUUGUUGCUAACAUAACACUCUUUUUUUUCCCCUUUCUUUGCAGAUGUCCAACAUAACAGUGACAUAUCGUGAUGGCCGAGUGGCACAGUUGGAGCAGGUGUACAUCCGUGGCAGCAAAAUCCGCUUCCUCAUCUUGCCUGACAUGUUAAAGAAUGCUCCUAUGUUGAAGAGUAUGAAGAAUAAGAACCAGGGGUCUGGAGCCGGAAGAGGCAAGGCAGCUAUCCUCAAAGCACAAGGUGAGGCGACCUUCUCUCAUCCAGCAUCUUCAGAGGGAUUUAUGAGAAUUUGGGUUUCUGUGAACUUCCUUAUCUUGCUUAAAGCUUAAAUUUACUGACGAUAAAAAGAGCAGAACUGCUCCCGGGUCUUUCAGGUGCUCCUUGGAUACUUCAGGCUGGUUGUCGUCUUGUAAAAGGGUAGCUGCAUGAGUAAAUAAGAAAACUUUGUCAAAAAAAAAAAAACCAAAACUGCUACGGUCCUUUUUUAAAAAAAAAAAAAAGAAAAAGAAGAUUCAAAGGCACAGGACCACUGAUGGAAAAAUAAAAUGUCAUUGCUUAGAAGUAUGCAUUUUACAUUUACACCUGUUGUCUCAAUAUUCCUUUAACGAACAUAAGGUACCUUCAAGAUUUUAAUACAUUGUAUUAUUUGUAUUGUAAGGUGUUUGUAUAUUUAACUGUCCUGGUUGUAACGUACCCUUAAUUUUCCUUUUCAGUGGCUGCAAGGGGUCGGGGUCGUGGUGGAAUGGGAAGAGGCAACAUCUUCCAGAAGAGGCGAUAACUGUUCCAGCUGUGUUGAAAUUUUGCUUUUGUAUAGUCCUUUUUGUUUUUUUUUAAUCUCGUCUUCUUUGGAUUGGAUAUCUUGGGUAUUGUUUGCCAUGUUAUACUUUGGAGUCAUUUUCUUUAAUUUCAUUUUUUAUGAAAAUAAACAUAUUUCAAUUUGA